AUGACCGGCCACAUCUUUGACCCCAAUAACGACUCGGACAAGACACUUGAUCAUCAUCACUUCGUCCAAGAUAAUCGUCCCGAAAUGGCCACCACCCAGACAUUCCGCAUCGUCACCUCUGAACCUCGACGGUUCGCCAACCCUUCGCCGCUAGGCCUUUCGGCCUUUGCCGUCACCACUUUUGUUCUUUCGUGCGUCAACAUGCACGUUCGCGGCGAAACUAAGCCCAACAUUGCCGUUCCCCUCGCCUUUGGCUAUGGCGGUUUAGUCCAGCUGCUCGCUGGCAUGUGGGAAAUGGCCGUCGGCAACACCUUUGGCGCUACAGCUCUCUCCUCCUACGGUGGCUUCUGGAUCGCCUAUGGCAUCCUCCUCACGCCCACAUGGAACACCCUCGGUGCGGAUGGCCCCUACGAGGGCGACACGGGAUCGGUAAUGGGCUUCUUCCUCACCGCCUGGUGGAUCUUCACCACGAUGCUCCUGAUCUGUACACUGAAAUCGAGCGCCGCCUUCUUCCUCCUGUUCUUCGCCGUCGACCUGACCUUCCUCCUCCUCGCAUGCGAGAGCUACGCCAACGACCUGGGCAACGAGUCAGCCAGGAACGGGCUCCAGCAAGCCGCCGGUUUCUUCGGUCUGCUAGCCUCGUUCCUCGCGUGGUACAACGCACUGGCCGGCAUGCAGGACAGCAGCAACUCCUUCUUCCGCGUCCCCAUGUUUCACUUUCCAUGGUCUGAUCAGGGCAUGCAAAUGCGAAAGGAGAGGGCCCAACACGACUUGGCUUGA